AUGAUCUUAGCCACAAACUGGAGAAGGAAAAAGUUAAAGAAACUGUCGAAACUAUUUUCAUGUCAGAAAAAACUUGAUACGAAAUGCUCCAUCAAAGUAAAUUCGUAUAUUCGAGAGACGUCUCAAUACCGUAUAGCAUUUCAACUAGAAGUUUUAAAUGGAAUCAAACCACGACCAAAAAAUCCUAAUGAAUGUGAUGAUUCUUUUAUUAAAAACUAUAAGAAUUCUUGGGAACAACAAUGUAAAACGACGAGCCGUUUCUAUUUGGGGAUAGAGUGUACAAUGAUAACAAUAAUUUUUACAUUACCUGAAAUUAACUGAGUUACUACACAAUACAGC